CGGUUUCGGACGUGCGAACGGUCCGAGUUCGCGGACCGUAGUUUUUCCUUCCCCCAGUUUUACGCUCGUCGUUCGCCUUUAUUAGCAGUGUGCAGUGUGUAGAUGUAUCAUUUUUUUUUCGCGUGCGUGGCGCUAAGGACAUUUGUGCCGCCACCUCGUAGUAGUGCCAAGAAGAAGUGGAAUUCCAAGGGUUUCUGCGAUUCGUGUUGAAUCGAUUGUUAUCUGUCAAGCGGGCGAGCAGGCCACGGGUGCCGUAAGCGGUAGUCCUGCAGUCAACCAUACAAACGGCUGGCCGUGCGAUCCGGUGGGGAGUCUGCCAAAUUGUUUACACCUUCCCUGUUCUCAUACCAACCGGCUUGAAUCAUCAUGGCUCGGCUCACGGAGGAAAUGGUGAUUGCCCGAUCGAAGCAGUCCGACCUGGCCGCCAUCAAGAAGCUAAACUGCUGGGGCAGUGAAUUGAGCGACGUUUCCAUCAUUCGGCGCAUGCGUGGAGUGGAAGUGCUUGCCUUCAGUGUGAAUCGAAUCAGUACGCUGGCGGAUUUUGAAAACUGCAUAAAUCUACAGGAGCUGUACCUCAGGAAGAAUAAUCUAACCGACAUCGACGAGCUGGUGUAUUUGCAGAACCUUCCCAAACUGAAACAACUUUGGCUGGAGGAAAACCCACUGGUGGAAAGUGCCGGUCCAAACUACCGCCAGAUAGUGUUGCGCGCGUUGCCAAAUCUAAAGAAGCUGGACAAUGUGGAAGUGACGCCGGAGGAGGUUGCCGAGGCGAUGCGGGCGCCGGUCGCUCAACCUCGGCACGAACCGGUUUACGAUGAUCCUUCGCCACCACCGCCCCCGCAGCAGCAUCGUCAGCAGAGUCCUGUUAUAGAGCAGAUGAGCCCGGAAAAUACGGAAUCCGAGUGCAUCAGUGAUCCGGCGGACCGUGCCUCGAUUCCGUCUUCACCGUUGCAGCGAACUCCCCCGAAUCGGGACUGCUAUUCACCACCGACACACCAACCACAGCAUUCGCAUGCUUCUUCGCACUACAACACAAACAACCACCGCGGUUCUUACCAGCAGUACGAUAGAUCGCCAGGCUCGGACCAGGACAGCCCGGUGUCGGGUUACCGAGAGCGGGUCCCGAUUGCACCGAGCAUGUCAACGCACUCGAUGAAGGAAUACUAUCAAUCGGACUAUCAGCGUCAGAAUCCGCCCGCCCACUAUCGCCACAGCCAGAUGGAUCUGACCGAGUGGGACGAGUCGUCGCCGGCCGCACACAAUAACAACAACGGUGGACAGCAUUCGACCAACAGCCACCAUUCCCAGCAACACCCGCAGCAGCAACAGUCGGCACAGCAUGGCCAAUCGAACUAUCAGCAGAAUCGGCGCAGCAUUGCCGGCAGUACGGUGAACGAGCGGGAACUGUAUCAGUACAGGAAUGGCAACGGUAACGGCAAGGGUCCGGACUCGCGAGACGAAUGGGAGGAUGUCGAUCGGCGACGGAAUGAAAAUAGGAGAUCUGACUCUCGGUUCAACGAUAGUGCUAGUGUUAUCUCCAAUGCACUUCUUAACCACUUUGCUGGCGUUCAUCGAAGGCCUGUCAGUAGGAACUCAAAUCUCCUGUCGGCCACCCUUUGCCUGGUGAAAGAGCUCGACUACCCGAGUCUGGAGGUUGUGGAGCACGCCGUACGGUGUCGCAUCGACGAGUUGGCCGAGUAAAACGACCGCAGACGACAUUUUCAUCUGCCCGUAGCCGUGUAGAAUUAAUAUUCCUCCCUUACUUCCUCAAUCGGUACAAUUUCCGUACACUCACCAUUGUUUUAUUCUAAUCUUCCCCGUUUAGUUAAUCAUGUUUAGUUCUAAUGUAAGAGCCCUUCUCUUUGUUCUGGUUCAGAUUCGUUCGAUCUGUUAUCGUUUAUGCGAUCUUGGCAUAUUCAGUGAAAUGUAAAUAAAGUAGCUGAGUCCAAGAGCUUUUUUUAACAAUGGAAGCCAUCCCUAGCUAGGCAUUUGUUUUAGGGAGAAUCAACGACACUUCAGGACAACAAAACCAAUUAAAAUUGCUUUCAACCUCAAUGGUCUGAAAAUAUUUGUUUCAAAUUUUGUACCGAUUGCCAACAACCUUUAGGCAGACUCAUUCCAUUCAUGUGAUUCAAUCAAUGAGAAAUGUAGUAGGAAAACAAAAUAGAACAAAGAACAUUUUAAUGAAUCGAAGACAUACAGAACAAAUUCUAUAAUCCAGCAGCUCCGGUCAUGUAUGUUGUGCAGGUGUUUUACUAUCCUGUUACUCUUCAACUCUCAGCUAUUUCUCCCGUUUCUUGUGAGUGUUCUCAAGCAAUAAUACGAUAAGAUAUUCCAUUUCUCGAGCACAGCGAAACGGUGUAAGGAAAGGGUUUCUAAACAUCAAAAUUCCAGUAAAAAUCCGCUUCCAAGUGACGCUAACAAAAAAGUCAGGAAAGAUUCACCUACCCAUAACUCUAAACCGUAAACCGUUCGAACUAAAGCGCUCGCGGUCACGGUUACAAUAACUUUCACUAAUGUUUGUGAUGAAAACUACUGCACACAGCAGUAUAACAAGUAAACGCAGGAACAGUUUUUGCGUACGUGUAAUGCACGCGUACGCGUUUAUGUGUUCUUUUGUACGAGUAUACCCGAGUAGGAAAAAAAGACUUAAUAACAUAACUGAUUGUAACUUAUGGGUGAAGCAGGAGAAGUGAAAAAAAUCAAACGAAAGCGUUUAACGAAUUCGGCCGGCAAUUUAGGGAGGGAGCAGCACGUCAAAAGGUGUGUGGGUGUGGGCGUGUAAGGGACAGCGGUAAGGUACCACUAUUUGCCAACAAUAAAAAGUAGAUGAUAUUAAACAAUAGAGAGCAAGCAACAAGAAAAAGAUAGACAAAUAUGAAAUUACUAAAUUUGUAAAGUAUUCCCAUGGACGAAAAUAGUUUGGAGAUAGGAAGAGGGUAGUUGUAACCGAUUGUGGAAAGACGGAAUGGGGAAAAGAUUCCUUGUUUCUCAGAAAGCUCACCCUGACCCGUCUUGUGUAGAAACACUACCCUACCGCAAGCCGCUUCUCGUUUGUUACUUAAGUUUGCUUUAUCAGCUCUUUAAGCGUAAGCUAGAAGAAAACGGAAAAACGCUUUAGCUUGUUGCCUUCUUAUGUUAAUUGUUGGAGUGGAAAGAUAGCAGGAGUGGUCGUAACGUUAGAUAAACGGAAUGAAUGUAUGAGUUUUAUAGCUAGAAAAGGAUGCGAGGUGAUGAAUGUUGCUUCAAUGAGAUGCAUUUUAGGGGUAAGUUUAACGAAUGCUGCAGUUAGGUUACGAGCGUAUGUAUAUUUCAAUACCCCCCUUUCCCAACCGCUGCUAAGGUUCAGUUCCGUUACGGCAUGCGAACGGCAAUGGCAAGUCCAGUUCUACGAGGCAGUACAAAUUUGGUUAAAAAAAGCACAGGAUCAACUCUCCAUCCACGGUACACAAGCACGUCGAUUCACGCAAAAGAAGGUUCCCGGUGUGAAAGAAGUAUAAAUAAGCGAUUUUCGGAUGAUACGGUGACCAACAACGGCGUGUCUAACGUUGGCUGGGGUCGUCAGUCGUGGAAUGAGUUUGGCAGAGCCGUCCUUAUCGUCCAUAUCGGUGUAGCGAAUGUUUGUGCAAUUACUAACGGCGUCCGUAGCCACCUGCUGGACAGCUUUAGAGAGUGAAAAAGCGUUUCAUUUACAUCACUGAUAAACGUAGCCUUUUUAGUACAGAAUUUAUUUUGCAAAGCAAAAUUUUGUUACAACCGGAUCGUCCCUUGCUUGCUGUGCACCGUUUGUGGACGGGAAUUCGUACGUUACCCUCAGCAGGCGGUAAUGGUUUACCAGGCGGCCGUGUAUAUUAUUUUUAAGUGGCAGAUAAGUAGAUUAUUACACCUAGGUAUUGAUUAAAAGUAAGAAAGGGAAGGAGGUGAAACGAAAACAGAGAACAGAUUGACAAAAAGGGAACCAUUUCUUAGAAAACUGAAAACAAAAUUAAUAAACGGAACAGCGGACGGUCGUGUAACAUAUACUAUUAAUAAAAUAC